AUGGCCGAUGUGAUGGCGAUGGCGAUGCAACGAGAAGGUGUGCGGAGGAGACGGCGGCGGGUUGGGUUGCGGAGGAGGCACGCGGGGUCCUCCUGGGGGCGUAGGCGGAGGGUCUGGAUCUCGGGGCUCAAAAACAGACGGAUAUCGAGGGAUGGGCAUGGGCAUGAGGGAGGGGAGGAGAGCUAUCUCUGCAAGCAUGGCGAGGUUGACGGAGAAGAAGAGGAGGAGGAGGAGGAGGAGGAGGAGGAGAAGAAGAAGGACAAAGAGCAGAUGGGACAAGAAAGGCCAACAACGUCAGGGACGACAGAGUACAUAGGGGGACGGAGAAGGAGGGGGAAUCAAUGCGCAUCUAGAGGCUUACACCCGCGCAUCAUCCGCUGGACUCGAGAAUGUGAGGAUCCGGGGAGACACGCGCGCCUGCGGGCGCGCAUCGCAGAGCAGAUUCCGGAUGCGACGCACUUCCCAAUGAGGCUCACAUCUCGUCCCUCCGCAUCAUGGCACGACUCGCAGCUCGACCAGGGAUGCCCUCCUUGCCCUUCUCGAGCCCAGCCCGUCCAGCAAUUAUUCCCCGGCUACCCGUCCUUUCCUCAACGCGGUCAGCCGCGCAUGGCUUAUAGCCCACGGCCUCCACACACCCGCCCUGCUCGCUCGCUCGCCGUACCCGCCUGCCAUACCCGCACCCCGGAACCACGGAUCCACGGAUGCUGCGCUGUAUGGGGGAUCCGAUUUCUAUACCCGAGGGCGUGGUUCAGGAUAUGCCAACGCCCCGGGGGGGCCCAUCAUGUGGCCCGGAGAGCCGGCGAGCAUGCCAGGCAGAGACAGCGGGCAAGACACCAUCUCAGUCGGAUGCGCCGACCCGAGCAGCUGGGUGUGACGAGAGGCCCGAGUGCAUAG